AUGGCACAACCGGAACCGCUGCAGCAGUUCGAGCGCCAGUUCGAGGAAUUUGUCAAGAAUAACCCGAAUGUGCUGUCGGCGGCUAGAUCUGCGUCGCGCAUCCCCGAGUCUGCGAAGGCAGUAAUUAUCCUUUCGCCGCUAUCCCUGCAGCACCAAUUCCCCAGGUACUGGGUCUCGAAAAGCUACAAGAAGUCCAUAGUGGAGCGGCCCGAACGGCUGCUGGCGUCAUCGCUGGGGAUUGCCGCCGCGAUCACGAUGUAUCCCGCGCUGUUCACACUCAAGUCUUCGCACCACCGCCAGACUUCCCUGCUCUCACCUCAUGUACUCCGAGUGCAUGGCAAUGACUGGCCGAAAGCUAUCCUCCGCUUAUGCAAACAAUCAGAUGAUAGAAUCCAGAAACGGCAGCUGGAAGUUCCAGACGAGUGGAACGUGGGCGAUAUAUACCUCUGUCGUGGGACGAUAGACGCUCUGCAGGGGUCGAUAGGCGCGCUUGAGUCCGGCGUUGACUCAAUCUUUGACGGUCCAUCCGCCGCCUCGACUCCCAACCGGGCAUUUGUGGCAUUGCGUCCCCCUGGGCAUCACUCACAUACUUCCACGCCAUCUGGGUUUUGUCUGUUGAACAACGCACACAUUGCGGUGGAGUACGCUGCCUCUAGGUACGGUGUUACGCACGCCGCCAUCCUUGACUUCGACUUGCACCAUGGAGAUGGCACACAGGAUAUAUGCUGGAAACGUGCAGGCUUCAAGCCCGACGAUGAGGAGGAUAACGCGGCGGAAUACGACGACUUUGGAAAAAGGUUUGCUGAGUUCCCCAAGGUUGGAUAUUUCUCCCUGCACGACAUCAAUUCUUUCCCCACAGAGCAAGGUUAUGCACACAAGACGAGUAUCAAAGAUGCCUCUGUCUGCAUCAUGGAUUCGCACGAUGUUAAUAUCUGGAAUAUUCAUCUAACCGCGUAUGAGACUGAGGAGGAAUUCAACAAGCUCUACCAGACCAAGUAUAGGGCCAUCUUCGCCAAGGCAGACGAAUUCUUAAGAGUUAGCCAAAAGCGCAUGGCUUCAGAGGGAAAGAACUACAAGGGCCUCAUAAUUAUCAGCGCCGGGUUCGACGCCUCCGAACACGAGCAGCUGUCCAUGCAGCGCCAUGGUGUCCAUGUUCCAACCUCUUUUUACUGUGCUUUUACGAAAGACGCGCUAAAACUCGCUCAGAUGCACACCCAGGGCAAACUCUUGUCACUACUGGAAGGCGGGUACUCCGACGCUGCGCUCGUCUCUGGCGUGUUCUCCCACUUGAUUGGCAUGCAGAAUCAGAAUUGGAUACCAGAGUGGGGCUCAGCACAGGUAAUAAAGGAAGUUUGCAGGGGUUGUAGGCCCAAUUGGAAGGCGUACAAGACCAAGCGCUCGCGCGACGUUAUCCGCAACUGGGCAGAGGAAGUCAUCAAACUCGGCAGGAGCAUGAUACCGGAGUUCCAGGAGACCUUCUUUGCAGACACCGCAACAGCAGAACCGCCCGCGGCGCGGAUGACUCGAUCGAAACACAACGAAAUAAUCGCUAAGGUGGAUGACUCGGCCCUCGCGCUGCGCUCCGAUACCCCGUCGCCUCCUGAAAGAAAGCCUCUGGGGGCCACCAAAGCCACGCCGCAUGUCAGAUACGCGUCGGGCACUGUGCAGCCUCUCCACACGGACUCAGAGGACGACGACAAGGAUGACUACGUCUACGACGAGGCCUUGAACAGGACCUUCAACAGGACCGUCGAGGACAUCACAGUCGAUGACAUUUCAAAGCACCUCGAAACCCUGGAGAUAAUCCAGGAGCCGGUGCCGUCUCGCCAACACCAACUCGUCCUGGACCCCGAACCACAGCAUGAUCCGGCUGCCAGCGCCAACGCCAGCUCCAAGUACCGCGUCCCGCAGCUAGAAGCUACACAGCGGGCGAGGCGCAUGAAGUCAUCCAAGCCCCCCAACAUUGAAGACAGCGAUAUUUCCAUGAUAUCCCAUUUCUCCGCGGCCGACAAGCGCCGUACUACUCAGGGCAGCCGCAAUAAGUGGUGA